CCAUAAGUGUUCAUUUUUUCCUUUCAUAACUUCGUUCAUCCUCAUCACUUUCAUAACCCAACACAAAACACAACACAUCAAAACUCCAACGUUAUUCUCACCAAAAAGUUUGUGCAGCGAUUAAAUCCACAAUUACCCUUUUAACCCCGCACCCAUUUCUCUCCUUUUUAUAUUCUCUAUGUGUUUUCUCAACUAGUUUUCACUUUGAUCUUUUCUUAAUCUUCAUUUUUUAGAUACAACCCAGAUUCACUGAAAAUUCUGAAAGCUGAUAAAAAAUAAAAAAAGUUACAACUUUUUCCUUAGAGAAGUGAUUAUGGCUGUCGCUGAGAAUGUUGGAACCAAAAUCGAUGCUUCCAGUGAGAAUUUGGACAACAGUGUGGUUUCAUCGGACUCAACUGAGGUUGAGAAAUCGAAACCCAAAAGCGAUCAGAAUCUGAACGGCAUCAACAACACUAACGGUGGUGUGUUCAAUCAUCAACAACAAGACAGUGUUGUCCCCGUUCCUGCCGCUGCUAUGACUGUGCCGAAUGGAAAUCAUGGCUUCAAGAGUCAUCAGAUGGGUCAGAUGCAUGGGAAUGGGGUUCAGAAUCAGCUUUUGGUGGUGAACAAUGGGGGUGAGAGUUUCAAGCGUGAAAUGAGGGAUUUGGAAGAGUUGUUGUCCAAGUUGAAUCCCAUGGCUGAGGAGUUUGUUCCUCCGUCACUCAUAACUAAUUAUCAGGGAUAUUUAGCUGCCGGACCUAAUGCUGGGUUUGGUUACCCUAACAAUUUUGUGCUUCAGAACAAUUCGGGGAAUGCUAACGGACAGAUUAACAGGAGGAGAAAGAAUGGAUAUAAUAAUGCGAAGCGGAGGGUGAAUCAUAAAAUGGAUAUGGAGAAAAGAGAAGAGAUGAUUAGGAGGACUGUUUAUGUGUCUGACAUUGAUCAGCUGGUCACUGAAGAGCAGCUGGCAGCUAUCUUUCUUAACUGCGGUCAGGUUGUUGAUUGCCGUGUAUGUGGGGAUCCCAAUUCUGUUCUUCGGUUUGCCUUCGUCGAGUUUACAGAUGAAGUCGGUGCUAGGACUGCUUUGAACCUGUCUGGAACCAUGCUCGGGUUUUACCCAUUGAGAGUGCUCCCUUCGAAGACUGCCAUUGCACCUGUUAAUCCAACAUAUCUGCCUAGGUCUGAAGAUGAAAGAGAGAUGUGCACUAGAACAAUUUAUUGCACAAAUAUCGACAAGAAGCUUACUACAGCAGAUGUCAAACACUUCUUUGAAUCUCUUUGUGGAGAGGUUCAACGCCUGAGGCUUCUUGGGGAUUACCAUCAUUCAACUCGAAUUGCUUUUGUGGAGUUCACCGUGGCUGACAGUGCAAUUGCAGCACUGAGCUGUAGUGGCGUGGUUUUGGGCGCACUUGCUAUAAGGGUGAGUCCAUCCAAGACACCAGUCCGCCCUCGCGCAACCCGUCCUCCCAUGCACUGAAUUGUCUCUCAUGUUCCUUGGAUGAAUGCUGUCAGAGAUAUAUAUUUACAUAUACAUACAUAGAAACAGAUAUGUUUUAAGGUACCUGUGGCGUUGAAACGUUUGUCGCCAAAACUUGCAGUAUGGUAUCUUUUGUUUCUCGUUGGGGCUAUAUGAGUUAUUAUGCGUUUUAACUUGUAGAGUUGGAUGUCGUUUUGAGGUUCUUUAAGGCUUAAUUUAUGCUGGUCAGUCUCGCAACGAGAGAAUUCUAUGGUUGGAUGUUUCUAACUUCCAGUGUUUACUGUUUAUUUAAAGAAACAUGUUUUAGAA